ACCCGCCGCGGCUCGCCCGCACAGCCCAGCCUCGGCGCGGGCCGCAGCCACCCCAGCCGCGGGCCGCGGCCGUCGUCGCCGUGUAAGCGCCGAGCCCGCCGGGCGCGGAACCCAGGCGGAUCCAGGCUGGGCGUUCGUACGCACGGGCCGCCGCCACCGUGGUUCGAUACCCUCUAGCUCUGGGGAGGACGCGCUCGACUCGCUCCCUCCCCAUCAGCCUCAGAGCGCUCCUUGAGCUCCUCAGAGCCGGAGCAUCCUCCCCGGUGCUCAGCAUCCUCCUGUCAGCGCCGGAGCAUCCUCCUCAGGGCUCUGCGUUCUCUGCGCUCAGCAGCCUCCUCAGAGCUCAGCAUCCUCCUUCCGUUCCUCGGCAGCGCCCGGGCCCGGUCCCCACCCGCUCGCACCCCACCCGCGGGAAGGAGGCCUCGGGAAUGCAGGGGAGUGGCUGUGGGGGCGCGUCGCCGCUUGGCCAGCCCCUCUGCCCAAACACGGGCUGUUCCCCAUUGUAGAAGCUGCACCGAGAGAAGGAGGACGGCGUGCUGCUCCCUGCGCGGGGCUGCAGGGAAUCUCAACGUACUGAAGCCCGUGCAUCCUUUAAGGGUGGGGCGGGGAGGGCCCUGGCUUUUGGGGAGUGGACCUGGAGGAGGACUGGAGAAGGGAAAGGACUCUGUAGCGGACUCGGUGAGAGACUAUGGGGAAGGACCAGGAGCUGCUGGAAGCUGCUCGUACUGGCAAUGUGGCUCUCGUGGAGAAACUCCUAUCUGGCAGGAAAGGAGGGAUCCUGGGUGGUGGAUCCGGACCUCUGCCCCUGUCUAAUCUGCUAAGCAUUUGGCGAGGUCCCAAUGUGAACUGCACAGACAGUUCGGGUUACACCGCUUUACACCACGCAGCCUUAAAUGGACAUAAGGACAUAGUUCUCAAACUGCUGCAAUACGAGGCAUCCACCAAUGUAGCGGACAACAAGGGUUACUUCCCCAUUCACCUGGCUGCCUGGAGAGGAGAUGUGGAGAUUGUGAAGUUACUUAUCCACCAAGGACCUUCCCAUUCCCGAGUCAAUGAACAGAACAACGAGAACGAAACCGCCCUCCACUGUGCAGCGCAAUACGGACACUCGGAAGUAGUUGCGGUUCUCCUAGAGGAGCUCACAGACCCGACGAUUAGGAACAGCAAACUCGAAACACCGCUGGACUUGGCAGCACUGUACGGGCGGCUGAGGGUGGUGAAGAUGAUCAUCAGCGCACACCCAAACUUAAUGAGCUGUAACACUCGGAAGCACACACCGCUCCACCUCGCAGCCCGCAACGGUCACAAGGCCGUGGUCCAGGUGCUCCUGGAGGCAGGGAUGGACGUGAGCUGUCAAACAGAAAAGGGGAGUGCUCUUCACGAAGCGGCUCUGUUUGGGAAGGUGGAUGUGGUUCGAGUUCUGUUAGAAACAGGAAUUGAUGCCAGCAUAAAGGACAGUUUAGGGAGAACUGUCUUAGACAUUCUGAAAGAGCACCCGUCUCAGAAGUCCCUCCAGAUUGCAACGCUCUUGCAAGAUUAUUUGGAAGGCGCAGGAAGGUCAGCAGUCCUGGAAGAGCAUGCUCAGGAAGAUACAGCCCAAGAGACACACCUUUCAUCUCCUGCUGAGUCUCCUCAAAAGACUAAAAGUGAAACUGUCACUGGAGAACUAUCAAAACUCCUGGAUGAAAUAAAACUCUGUCAAGAAAAGGAUUAUUCCUUUGAAGACCUGUGCCAUACGAUCUCAGACCACUACUUAGAUAACUUGAGCAAGAUUUCAGAGGAAGAGCUUGGGAAAAAUGGAAGCCAGAGUGUAAGAACUUCAUCUACAAUAAAUUUGUCACCAGGAGAAGUGGAAGACGAAGAGGAGGAUCCAAACUCUUGUGGGCCCACAGGACUCUGGGAAGCGCUAACUCCUUGUAACGGAUGUAGGAACCUUGGCUUUCCCAUGCUUGCACAGGAGUCUUAUCCAAAGAAGAGGAAUUACCCCAUGGAAAUCGAACCAUCUGCUUCUCUGGACACAUUCCCUUCAGAGAAUGAGAACUUCCUUUGUGAACUCGUGGACACAGCUGUUACAAAGAAGCCCUGCUCCUUAGAAAUUGCAAGGGCACCUUCUCCAAGAACUGAUAAUACCUCUGAGGUAGCAAUUACUGCUCCAGGAACUAGUCACCAUAGAAACAGCUCUACAGGCCCAACACCUGACUGCUCACCUCCAUCCCCCGACACUGCCCUAAAAAAUAUCGUAAAAGUUAUCCGACCUCAGCCAAAACAGCGAACAUCUAUUGUGUCUUCUCUGGAUUUCCAGCGAAUGAAUCAUAACCAAGAAUACUUUGAAAUCAGCACAUCUACAGGGUGUGCCAGCUUUACUUCCAGCCCGCCAGUUAGCCCGCCCACCUCUUCUGUGGAAACCACAGAAGUCAAGAAGCAGGGAGCUGACCACGCAGAUGAUCUCUCUCAGCAGGAAGAUGAUGAACCCCCGAAGGAGUAUGAUGCCGGGCAAUUCGCAGGUCUUCUCCAUGGCUCCUCUCCAGCCUGUGAGUCUCCUGAAAAUCCAUUUCAUCUGUAUGGGAAAAGAAAUGCAUGUGAAGAUGGACCAGAUGAAGCCAGUUUGGCAAACAGUCCCUUGCCUUUCAAACAGACUCCAAUAGAAAACAACCCGGAGCCCUCAGUGAAGAAAGUUAAACCCAAAGUGGUCAGUAGGACAAUUUUCCACAAAAGAAGCCACCAACUUGAGAACCAUACCAUCGUUGGCACAAGAAUGUCCAGGAGUGGAUCCCGCAAUGGUGACCAGUGGGGUGUGAAUCCAGGGGGCUUUGUGGAGAGAGCAUGUACUCUGGGGAGAAUAAGGUCAUUGCCUAAAGCCCUGAUCGACAUGCAUUUAUCCAAAAAUGUUUCCAAGUCUGAUUCUGAUCUUAUUGCCUACCCUUCCAAGGACAAAGCGAGAGUUAACUGGAGCAAAUCAUCAACUGCGGAGCGCAGUUCCAAAGAUAAUUCUGAAAGAACACCUUCUUUCACAUCUGAAUGGGAAGAAAUUGACAAAAUAAUGAAUUCGAUUGACGUUGGAAUCAACAGUGAACUUGAAGGGAUGAACGGACCCAGAUGCCCUGUCCAAACAGUGGGACAAUGGCUGGAAAGCAUUGGGCUACCUCAGUACGAGAACCACCUGAUGGCUAAUGGAUUUGACAGUGUACAGUUUAUGGGAAGCAAUGUUAUGGAAGAUCAGGAUUUGUUGGAAAUUGGAAUCCUUAACUCUGGCCACAGACAGAGAAUUCUACAGGCGAUCCAGCUCCUUCCAAAGAUGAGGCCCAUCGGCCAUGAUGGCUACCAUCCCACCUCUGUAGCCGAGUGGCUGGAUUCCAUUGAGCUGGGUGAUUACACCAAAGCCUUUCUCAUCAAUGGCUACACGUCCAUGGACCUGUUGAAAAAGAUCUGGGAGCUUGAACUUAUUAAUGUUUUAAAAAUCAGUUUGAUUGGCCACAGGAAACGCAUUUUGGCAUCUCUGGGAGAUAGGCUGCACGACGACCCUCCACAGAAGCCCCCUCGGUCCAUCACCCUCAGGGAACCCAGUGGUAAUCACACUCCUCCUCAGUUGUCUCCAUCACUUAGCCAAAGCACUUACACCACUGGUGGCUCCCUAGACGUUCCUCACAUUAUCAUGCAGGGCGACGCAAGGAGGAGAAGAAAUGAAAACUACUUUGAUGAUAUUCCCCGAUCAAAGCUGGAGAGGCAGAUGGCUCAGACAGGGGACUGGGGAGAACCUUCUAUCACCUUGCGACCUCCUAAUGAAGCCACAGCCUCAACUCCCGUCCAGUACUGGCAGCAUCACCCGGAAAAACUCAUCUUCCAGUCAUGUGACUACAAAGCCUUUUAUUUAGGUUCUAUGCUGAUAAAAGAGCUGAGGGGAACAGAAUCAACACAGGAUGCUUGUGCAAAGAUGCGGGCUAACUGUCAGAAGUCUACAGAGCAAAUGAAGAAAGUCCCCACUAUCAUCCUUUCCGUCUCAUAUAAAGGAGUAAAAUUUAUCGAUGCAGCAAAUAAGAAUAUAAUCGCCGAACAUGAAAUUCGUAAUAUCUCCUGUGCUGCCCAGGACCCAGAAGACCUCUCAACAUUUGCUUAUAUCACAAAAGAUUUGAAGUCCAACCACCACUACUGUCACGUGUUUACUGCCUUUGAUGUGAAUUUAGCCUAUGAAAUCAUCCUAACGCUGGGACAAGCAUUUGAGGUCGCUUACCAGCUAGCCCUACAAGCAAGAAAAGGGGGCCAUUCCUCCACACUUCCAGAAAGCUUUGAGAACAAGCCCUCGAAACCCAUCCCAAAGCCCCGAGUUAGCAUUCGGAAGUCAGUGGCUCCGCAGACAUCCUGUCCCAACAGGCUGGUAUGACUUCAAAGCGGCCGCCUCUGGUAGUAGCAACACCCCAAAGCUGGAAGGCUCCCAGCCAGCUUCCCAUCUGCUCUCUGUUCCAGCUACCAUCCCGCAUCCUAGACUCUCUGGGAUUGGCACCGGGCAGGCCCCCAGAAUGCGUUGCCCCCCUCAUCCCGCAAUCUUUCCAUCUGCUGCCUUCUCCUCCUCCUCCUCCUCCCAUCAGCUCUCAGCCUCCGUCCAUGUCAUGAGGAAAUAGACAUUUUUAACCUCCAAAGAGAGGUUCCUUCCUUGGGAUGAUGUGGCUUCUCUGGAUCACACCUUUGGGGCCCCUUCUCCUGUCUCUGCUCUUGGUCACCUCAGCACCCACGGAAUGAUCCCUCAGCAUCCGGCCUCUCCAAGUCCCUGACCAUUGUCCUCCUGCAUCCCAGAAGGCCUCCGCUGAUUGAUUGGUCAUUACCAGCGGCUGCUGCACCUCUCAAACCCCACGCUACACUCCUACCCCACACCCUCCUGCCUCAGCACCUCCCCAGACGGUGCCCCCUGCUCUCUAUCCCCAGUCCUUGACACACCCCAGAACCCUAGAAAUGUCUGUCCAGUUUGUUUCUAAGCAUCUCCGCCUUCAGGUUUAGCCACUGUAAAUCCUUGCUUCUCUACCCCCUGUCCCCAGCCCAGCAAAUGACACGACACUUCACCAUGCUGCUUGUCGCCCAAGUCACCUUGAUUGCUGUUGUACCUGGACCUCCACAUCCAGCCCAUGAGCAGAGACCAAUCUUUGCUCCCCUCAGACACACCUCCAGUCUGCCCACUCCUCUCUACUUCCUCCAUCACCACCCCCCCAAUCCAAGCCCAGUGCACACCCCUCCCAGCGACUCCCUUUCUUCACACAGGAAAAACCAUAGCAGCCUAAAAAUACCUGAACCUAAUUUCCGAUCACGCGUGGUGAUGCCCAGGCUCUCCACUCCUUGAGUACACUGCUCAGUCCCACUGGAGUCUUUAUGCCACCCGUGAUCGCUCUCUUCCACCUCCCCUGGCCCCCGAAUUCUGCACGGCCCCAUGGUACCAUUCAGGUUUUAGCUGCACGAAGCUUUUCCUAACCAGGGUCGAUGCCUGGUCACCGUGUAGGCCCUCUUCAUUCCGUGGAGUGUUGACUGAACUUACUGCUGCCUCUCUUCCUGCACAAACCUAUCUACUCCAUGAAGUACACUGGCAUGCUGUCGCCCCAGGGCCCUAGCAGCACUGACCACAAACCUGGGGUCAGAGACGCGGGGUGGUGAGGGUGGACUUAACGAAUGUGUCUCUGAGUGUGAUUAUUAGGCUUCCGGGUCCAGGAAUGCACAGCGUGUUUGUGGGGAUUGUCACUUAGACUGUUCUGUUCCUUCUCGGGUGGGCUGGGUGGGUCUGCUCACAGCACACGCACGUCCUUCCAGCUAUACUGCGGUCAGAGUAGACUCCUUCCAGAGGAGCACAAAGGCUUUGUUGCCAUAAGGGCUCAUAGAAUAUGCAUCUAGGCGCCCUCUCUGGGAAACAGGAGAGUCCACAGUCUACUUGGCUCCGGAUGCAGGCCCUCGCCAGGCUUCAGAACUCCAAUUUCCUCAGCUCUGGUUGUUGACUCUUAGGACACACACACAGUACUCUUUCUAAAAGCCCUUCUUCCCUCAGCCUGUGAAGGCACAGGGCAAACCAUGGCAGAAGGCAGCCGGAUAGGCACAUAGGCUGAGGCCCUGCAGCCUCCAGCAGGUUAAAAAGCUGACAGAGGAAGUCUGAGCAGGCCUUCCAGAAACUCCUUGGUCCCAUUUACAGAGCCAAGUAGAUGAAGGCCAAAGGAUGAGCAAGCCAUUGGGGAAAGAGCUUAACUGAGGCCCGUCAGAGCUCGGACCUUAGCUGCUGCCCAGUGAAUGACACGCUUGGCUUUAUGGAAAGCUCAAGGACAUCUGAACCCAGGACAGAGUCCACCAAGGACUCUGACAAGCCCUGGCUGGCCUCUUCCCUUCCUGUCUCGGGUUCAUCCCUCUCUGCCAUUUUCCUGUCCCCCUGGGAUCUGUACCUGCUUUUUGUCCACUCGAGUACCUUUCUUAUCCAGGCCGAGCACUCAUUGUCUGAACAGCAUUUAUUGACUGUACAAUUAUUUAUUGCAUGCCUGCUUUGCAUUGGGCUGCCUAGAGUUUUCCCAGGUUUGGAGAAAAUAGCAAUAAAGUUAACCAAAGCCCCACCUUUACGGAGGGGCAUCCGUUGUGGAAGAGGGAGUAGACAGGUGGUAUGUGUCUGUGUCAGGAAGAGAUCGGAAUGCGGGGAGCUAAAAGGUUAAGGUGCCAUUUUGUAGAGGGUGUGGCGAGUACAAGAAGUGGUGUUGAAGUCAAGACCUGGACCACACUGGCUAGGAGGCAAACGGGGGAGAGCAGAGGCCUCACGCAGGGAUGGGUGCCCAGGGCCAUUCCCAGAGCAGCAUGGUUGGAGCUCAGAGAGGCAGCAGGCAAGUGGGCGGGGCGCUGCAGUGUCCUCGGAGGACGUGGGGUUCUUUCCAGACCCCGAUAUUGGGGUGUUGGGAACCACCGCUGCUCCCCUGCCUCUGCGCCCGGGGGCGGGGCCAGGUCUCACUCGCGUCACCCUUGCAGGCCCCUGCAGAAUCGCUGUGCAGUACAGGUGCGAACGCGCGGACGCCGCCGGGGCCGCCCCGCAGCGCGGCUGGGCGAGCGGGGCCCGAGGUGGGGUUCCAGCGGCGCCCACGCGGCCGCGCCGCCGCCCAGCUGCCGGAUAACGGGCAUCAGCCUUUCUGUUUUAAAGCAGAUCGACCCUUCUGAGCAAAAGACUCUGGCCAAUCUGCCGUGGAUUGUGGAGCCGGGGCAAGAAGCCAAGAGGGGCAUUAAUACCAAGUAUGAAACCACGAUUUUCUGAUACCCGCCGCCCCGUCCUCGCGGUGCCUUGCUCGCCCAGCAGUCCCCGCAGCAGGCUCUCCUUCGCGCCUCCGUGUCCACCCGCCCCGGGAGGAAGACUGCUCCAGCUCGCGUGGCCUCGUCACGGGCGGAAGGGCGACGGCCAUCCCUAGGGAGCCUUCUGCCAGCGAGACUUUGACGCCCCUUAGAGGCGCGAGGGGGGCUGCGCGGGGCACCCCAACUCCGCUACCACCGCCUCCUCCGAGGUACUGCUCAACUGCCCCGUACUUGCUUUGCUUUAGUUGGGGGGAGAAUACCUUUUUAAAAGUGAGAGGGUGGGGAGAGGGAGGGUCUCCAGUACUGCCUGAAAGUCUCGGGUUUAUGUUUUCACGGUCAGCCGUUUUGAAGGGAAAGGUCAGAACAGUACUACCCCACCCCCCAAAGCACCUGUAAAGUCAUUGUAUCACUGAGUACAAUUUCAUGCAAAAAGACAAAGCAACCCUCACCAGGAAGUUCUGUCCCCCCCCCACACACACUCGAUUUCUAUAUUUGUGGAUUUUAUAGUAAUCAACUAUAUGUCAGAUAAAGGAAACCUUUAUUGAAUGAUUCAAAAAUUUAAAAAGUGAUUUAAAACAGAGGAAUUUAUUAUGCACAGAAAAAAAUGUGUCUUGUAUUAAAUAUUUUUAUUAAAAAGAAUGUUUCAUUAAUGCAUUCAUAAGAAAACUAGGUUUGUUGUGCGGGGUGUUUCUGGUUUCGUUUCAAAUGACUACAUUCCUACUGCUACUUGCCCUGAGGUCCUGGCUCAGUCAGGGUGAAGCCCGGAUGCCCUUUGCCUCAGGAGCAGAACGGGCUAGUGCUGCGGGUGACUCAAAGUGCUGACUCAGCCGUAGCCUGCAUAAGUGGUUUAUUUGGGGUUGUUUUGGGUUUUUGUUUUGUUCUGUUUUGUUUUAGCCUUUGGGGUGUUUUAAAGAACAUGUUUAGCAAAAAAUUAAUUAAAAAAUAAAUAAAAGCUAGGGCUCCUGCUGCCAAGAUUUCUGUCAAGGAAACCUUGUUUGAGAACGAUGUUAAUAAAAUUCUAUUGCAAAAUUCUUUUCUAGAAAAAAUAAAUAACACAAAAAAAAGAAGAAAUUCCAAAGUAAUAAAAACUUUUCUUGAAACAGAUUUAAAAAAAAAAGUUUGCUUACUAUUUGAUUAAAUAAAUUUACUUAUGUUUCUUUAAGGUAUUUUAAUUUUUUUAAUGUCUCUGUGGAGUAUUUGUAUGAUACCAUAAUGUAUAUUUCUGUAGAAACAAAUUAUAUAAACAGUAUCAAUAUCAUUAUAGAAAAAUAACAUUUUAAUGUAUAUUGUUCUAACCAAUCAUAUUGUGAAUCAUUUUGAAGUUCAUUAUAGCGAUAUUGAUAAAUUGUGAACUUGUCUUAAUGUUUUUUUUUAAUUAACCAAUAUUAUUUUAAACCUGAGAUUCUCACAUUCACCAGUUGGUGAGUUUUGAAGAAAAACUAAAUUUCAUUUCAACUGACAAAUGUAUAUGCUUUGAGUUCAGUGUUGAAGAAUUUUAAUACAAUAUUAAAUUACUUGAACUGAAUAGUUCCUUGUAUAUAUUUUGCCUAUUCACUGUUGAUAUGUAUGUAGUAAACAGAGACAAGAAUAACAUUCAAAUAUGGUACCAAAUGGAACCUUUACAGGAGCAAAGCAGCCAGGAUGUGUAUCUAAGCUUGGGCUUCCAGUUAUAAAUUUUGUAAUUUUUGUCAUUAUUUAUAUCCUAUAUUAAAAAAAAAAAAGCACACAAAAUAAAACAGAAGUUGUACAGUGGCUGGUGCCUGGCAUUGUUCUGUGAGCACGCCCGGGGACUAAAGGCCCAGCCCUCUCCACAGAUAAAGAGAUUUGUUUUCAAUUGGCAACAUCAGUGAAAAAAAAAGAAAAAAGAAAAAAAAAAAAAACUUGCUCGUUUCCAAGUUCACGGUCUGAAAAAGAAACAUUGUCUCCAGAAGCUUGAAUUUAAGCCAAGAUGCCUUUGCAUUGUCUUUUAAAAGUGGCAUAUAAGGGGGAAAUUGGCAAGACAGACAUUUCUAAAACAGAGGGGACCACACACACUCACACACACACAAAAUAAAAAACAGACAUAUGUAGCAUAAAACAUAUAGCUUGCUUGGGAAAACAUCCCCUGCACAUCUUUAUACAUCCUCAAGUCCUUUCGUCUUUUUUUCCUAAAACAUGCACCUGCUGUAAAGUAAGUGAUAGGCUAGUCAGAGCUACACUGAUUCUGUGAUCAGCGACCACCAUGCUGCAGGUCCUUCAACCUCCAUCACCCAUUGUCCAAUCCAUGACUGCUACCCUUGAAAACCCAAAGUAGUCUUAGGGUGCUCUCUGCCUGUCAUUCAGAGGCCUGGGACUUUGAACCCGAAAGAGAUAAAGCAAUGAAAGCAGGAUUGAAGUGGGCCCGGGGCCUGGGAUACCUCAGGCAGGGGUUUUCCACUCUGAUGCUUCCACUGGGCCAGUUUGUUCACUUUGUUUUUAUUUUCUCUGUUCAUCACAUGUGUGUUUGUAUUCAUAAUGAUUCCAGCAUGAAGUAUGGAGCACACUCCAAUUAGGGGAAAUUAAAAGACACAAGACUAGCAUAGUGGUGAAAUAUCUUCUUGUGCUGGCACCAGGUUGAAGGAGCAGUAAGAACAAAGCCAGCCAUGUGGCAGAGUUAGCCCCCUCCAGACGGGAGGGUACAACAGACAGUUGUGGUUUGUCUCAGAGAGGAAGGCAGGAGUAACUCUGAUCUCCCUCUCCAUUCUUCACCCAAAGCUAAGGGUCGGGGCACAGGAGCAGCCCAUGGCCAGAGCAAAGUAGAGAAUGCAAGAGACACUCCGGAAGCAGAAAAGCCAGCUCAGGCAUGGGAGAUGGGGUUUAUAGCUGACUUUGUUUAAGGGGAAAGCCUAAUAUUUGAUAAAUGGAGUAACCAGCGGUUGAGAGUGACAAGCCCUUAAAUGCUAACAUUAAUCAAAGGAAAACUUAAAUGGCUCCCUUUACAGAAGGACUUGAAUUCAAUCGAUCCGUUUAAUUUUUUUUCUUAUUAAAUGGUGUUCUGUAAUAAAUCUGGAUGAAUGGACCCUAUGAAAAUCCUGCUCGGCUUGUUAAUAAGUCAUGGAAGUGGUUUCUCUCAAAUUGGACUGCUUGGGAAUGUCGCCAGCCUAUCUAAUGUCUGGAUGAGAUGGAACAGGUGUCUAAGCUUAAAGGGCGUGUGGCCACCUCCUCCAAAAUCAGUAAACAUUUGCACUUGGACUCCAAGUAAAUGUUACUCCUAUUUCUAAAAUGAAUUGACAAUUUGGGGGAGUAGUCUAGUUUCCAGUGAGCUAGAAUGUAAUGUCCACAUUCAGAAAUCUGUAUAGAAUAAAGCCUCUUUACUGACA